AUGUUGCUUUUAGGGCUGCUUGUCGGCUCUAUCAUUGUAAAUUACUCUGCCCAACCAUCUGUCCAUCUGCUUGUGUGUCCAUGCACGUCCAAAUUCUUUGCUUUAAACCAAAUCAAAUUCUUAACCAGUCAACUUCUUUCUACAUUUUCUCACCACAAAUCUAUUUCUUCUCUAAUGGUUCCUAUAUCCCAUACACUUCCUUUUGCUUGUUCUCAGUCUCCCUUUACCUGUUCUCAAUAUCCUUCCCUUUUCUCUUUGCUUGUUCUCAGUCUCCCUUUACCUGUUCUCAAUAUCCUUCCCUUUUCUCUUUGCUUGUUCUCAGUCUCCCUUUACCUGUUCUCAAUAUCCUUCCCUUUUCUCUUUACUUGUUCUCUGUCUCAUUUCAUUAUCAUUUUGCUUUUCCUCAGUUUCCUUCCCUUCUUCUCACUUUGCUUGUCUUCAGUCUCUUUCUUUUCUUCUCUCUUUGUUAGUCCUCAGUCUCUUUUCUUUUUUCUCUCUUUUCUUUUCCUCAGUUUCCUUCCUUUCUCUCUUUCUUUCUCCUCAGUUUCCUUCCCUUCUUCUCACUUUGCUUGUUUUCAGUCUCUUUCUUUUCUUCUCUCUUUUUUCCUUCCUUUCCCUCUUUCUUUCUCCUCAGUUUCCUUCCCUUCUUCUCACUUUGCUUGUUUUCAGUCUCUUUCUUUUCUUCUCUCUUUGUUAGUCCUCAGUCUCUUUUCUUUUUUCUCUCUUUUCUUGUCCGCAGUCUCCUUCUUGAUCUUAGUCACCUUUCUCUAUCCUCCUCUUUAUAGUCUCCUUCUCCGUAACCUCCCCUUCUUAUCCCUGCAUAUCCCCUUCCUUCAUCAUCUCCUUUCCCUAUCUACCUCUUCCUAUUAUCAGUCUCUUCUUUGUCACUUAUUUUUCUCCUAA